AUGGUCAGUGCAGUGGUCCACGUCACUUUGCGCCUCGUCAUCCGCAGGAGCCUUACUGACCGGUCCUUGCGUUGGAUAUUCUGAACAGAGUGCGAUGGAACUGAACGGCGUAAGUAUCUGCUCGAGCUGUGAUAACGGGCACUGAGGGCAGCAAAGAGGACGAGCAGGAGCGGGGGAGGGAGGGGAGCUUCGUCAUCCCCCACUCGACGUCCCUCAUUUGCUUCCACGCUUCGUUCUUGCAAACCCCCACGCCUACUCAUCUUCACGUCAUGUUGACCGACUUUUGAUCUGUUCCCCUAGGGCUCGUGCCUGGCCAUGGUCGGCAAGGACUGCGUCGCGAUCGCGUGCGACCUCCGACUCGGGAAUCAAGCCCUGACCAUCGCCUGCAACCACGAAAAGGUACCCUGUGAACACCCUCUCCCCUCGCUCUCGAUCGGAAACUAACAACCCCACCUUGAUCUCCGCCCCCAGGUCUUUGCAGCGACCGAAAAGACCUACUUUGGUCUGCCCGGCUUGGCGUCGGAUACGUUCACCGUACGGGACAAGCUGCGUCAGAGGAUCAACCUCUACACGAUGAAGGAAGAGAGGACAAUCGAACCCCAGACGUUCGCGCAUUUGGUUAGCUCGACCUUGUACGAGCGGAGGUGAGUUAGAAGGGAACGGUUGCAGCCGAUACGUGACGGUGAGGAGGGGGAGCAGGAGGGGGAGGUGGGGUACGACUAUGCGGUGUGGUGCAAGUGUGCUCACGACCGCGUAACGGUGUACCCGAUGCACAGAUUUGGGCCCUUCUUUAUCGAACCCGUCAUCGCAGGUGAGCAAGCCAACGAGAUGCGGAUCGGGCAGAUGCAACCUAGCACUGAUUUCCCCCUCGCGUUGCCUCCCUCCCACCAGGCCUCGAUGCCGAGGACAAGCCCUUCAUCUGCGCCAUGGACUUGAUCGGGUGCAUCAACUUUGCAAAGGUACUUCAUGAUCACUUCCCCAUUUUUGCAUCCACCCCUCGGCCAUGCUGACAAACCCCUCUCCCGCCCACGAAACUCCAAAGGACUUUGUCGUCGCCGGCACGGCGUCCGAAAAGCUGUUCGGCAUGGCCGAGAGCCUGUGGGAACCCGAGUUGGAGGUCGAGGAUUUGUUCGAGACGAUUUCGCAGACGUUGUUGAACGCGAUCGACCGCGAUGCUUAUUCCGGGUGGGGGGCCAAGGUGUGGUUGAUUGAGAAGGUGCGUCUGCUUUUGAUCACUUGCGAAGAGAGAGGGGCUUGUGACGAGAGAAUGGUUCACUGAUACUUGGUUUGGCUUGCGCAUGAUGUAGGACAAGGUCACGCAGAGGUGGUUAAAGGCUAGGAUGGAUUAA